UGUCGACGCUGUGGCGGGACUGCGCGACUGCGCAUGUUGCUGUCGGAGAACGGUUGCGAUGUGUCCGUUAACCCCGUUAAAAAGUCGAUGAUUUUCGUCCGCACAAAUCAAGCAAUGUAGCGGUUUUCAGGAUUUUGUGGGCACCCACUGCUCGUUGUUAUGCGGAUCGCCGUUGUGCUUGGAACAUUCCUCGUUCACUCGUCAAAACGUCCUUGAAUGAGCGCUUGUUCGUCCUAAAAUGUGACACCUGAAUUCGUACAUCGGAAUUCAGGACUAACCGUUAUGGCUGCUGAACGGGAGUAGAAAAUGGAAUCUUUUGCUGCUUCAGCUUUACCUUCAAAGUAUGCCACCGCGUUCUCUUUUCCGUUGUGCUACACAACGUCAGAUACAAACUCCGACAGCGAAGCCUCGACCUCUACUAGUACCUCCAGAACCUCAGAAGAAAGAAGUGUUGUGGACAGCAAGUACACUACAUUUGUUGAUUCAUGUUCAAAAGUUGUUUCUGAAGCUCACUUUUUGAAGUGCAUUGCCACACCGUCACUUCAACCUCCUCCAAAGUUUGGGAAGUUGGUGACAACGGAGGGACUGUUAGCCACAGUAAAAGCAAUGCAUAACCUGAAUCUCCAAGAAGAGGACAGCUGCGAAGCUGUAGGUGCUGAAAUUGUUCGUGCUGCAACUGCACCCGCAGUGCGUCCACAAUUUACACAAAGCAGCUGCACUUCUGCCAUAAGCUCGUUUAGUAGUGAGAGUUUGCCAGUUUUGUUAACAUCUAGUCAAUCACAAGAAAGCACAGAUUAUGAAAGUAGUCAGUUGGACUCUGACCUUGCUGACAUGGACAGGUCACCAUGGGUUGAAGAGGCAUCUGAUCGAAGCAAUUCAUCCAGUUCCUUUCCUAGAAAUGAAGAAGUGUUAUCUGGUACCAGCAAUAACUCUAUGGUUGCGGCAAAAACAAAAAAGACAGGAGACUUCAGCGAGGACAACCUGGUAAAUAACUCUGAGUUGACAGUUUCCUUGGAAUCUGUGCUGACAGUUGUUCCACUGCCCCAAGCUCCUGAUGCGCACAUAGCACCUGAACAUAGCCAAUUAGACAGCCUUCAGUUUGGAGAGAAACCACGGCAUUCAACUUCAUCAUUUGGGGACAUCAGCAUUCAGUCUUGGGAUUCACAUUUAGAAAGUGAUCCAGUGAUUGAUGACAUUGUGGAGAAUGUUAUUCAUGACCUUACACUGCAUGAUCGUGAGCUCAAAACUUGGGGUGGGAUCUUGCAUCUGGAUGGUUCUCAUACCAGUGAACGCAAAGCUUCACCAGCAUCAAUGUCAAGUUAUGCUUCAAGCAGACGUCUGGAAUGGGACAACGGAGCAGACAUUGGUUAUACUAAGGUGUCUAACCAAACAAGUUAUAAUGGUCAGUCUGUUGCUAUCCCAGCACUAAAUGUUGGUAAGAUAUUGUUGCAAUCAGAGAUGGAAGAUCCUGACCAUAAGGACAGUACCUGUCACGAAUUACUGCAAAAGGAUAAGGGCUGUUCCACAUGUCCAAAACAUUUCAAUAAUGCUGUGUCCCCUGUUACUUUGUCAAGUUGUGAUGUAACUGUGCAGACAGAUAUGGCAUGUAAAAAAGAUGCUGAGGUGCAAGCACAGCCUGCUCUUCCUAAGCCAUCAUUGCAAGAACGGUUAGAACAGCCGUUGCAUGUAACAGAUUCAGUUUGUGAACUUAAUAAUGGCACUUCAAGCAGUACCUGCAGUACAACUCUCAGCCAUUGCACAUCGUUAUUGAAUGAUGACUGCGGACUUUCAAGCGUUAAUUCUGAAAAACUUUGUCUAAGUAACAGGGGUGCCAAUUUGGAAAAGCAUGCUCUUACUCGAGACUCGAAAGCGAGCAUGAAACAAGAUGAUUCAAGAGAUAAUAGCAAAGUGCUGAAGGACUGUGCCAGGAGUGUGGAACUCUGUUAUAGCCAGAAGUUUUCUAGGGAAUUUGAAAACUACAUUUCAGAGAAGGGGCACACCACUGGCCUACUGAACUUUGAAAUGGGAGGUGCUUCUAGAUCUAAGUCAUCUGUGGACAGCGCUGGUUACAUCAAUUCCAUAUCGAAUGGACUUCCAGUUCGUGGGAGAAGAGGCAGCAGUCGUUUUGUACCUGUGACUCAUUUAGAGUCUAUAAGCAGCAGUCACCUUAAGAUGCAAAUCCCAAUGAGGCUAGGGAGCCUGACUUCAGGCACAGACUCCCCUGCUGAGAUGCCACGAUCUAGCAGCGAGAUCAACAAGCGUCGUUUGGACUAUUGGCUUAACUGUGGCUUUCCAUACGUACCAAGUGUAGCGCCACUCAAGGCGGAAACCCGGGGUGAUACACUUCCUAAAGUGAGGGAUGCCUGUCACGUACCAAGGGUGAACCAGAGCCCAUCAACUGACACCAGAGCCUUCCCACAGCUUUUGAAAAUAAGCUCUUCAUGUGUGGAAGCUCCCAAGGUGCACUUGAGCGAACAACCUCUACCUCCUACACAUGUCCCCACACGAAAGAGGUACGUUACAAGGUGCAGGACUUCCCAUGUCAGUGAAAGAGAGUCGUUGUGCACUUCUGAUGGAAGCAGAAGUAUUCCUGCAUCAACCAAGGAGACACCGAAAGAAGUAAUGGUGCAAGUAUGCAAGUCAACAGCCACUCAAAAUGUGCAGCGUUUGCAGUCUCAAGUACCUUUGAAACCUGGCUGUGCAGCAACUGUGCCAUUCGUUAUACGGGAGAGAUCUGGCAGGUGCAUUGCAAAGCCCAGAAAAGGUAGAAAUCGUCUGCUUGCCCUGUCUAACGUGUCCGAUGGCAGCGAAAUAGCAGAGUCGUCGGAAGAACAGCCGUCCUUCGACAAGCAAAUUGGUUCCGAAAGUGGGAGCUGUAAUGGCGGAGCUAAAUUGAGCCGUUUAAGUGCCUUCCCAGACACUUCAUCGUCUGCAAGCAGCUGCAAUUCCAGGAGUGGUCAGUGUUACCUCAGACGGGUAGCACGUAGGGAGCUCGAUAAACUGCGUAUGCUGGUGGACAAGCAGAGGCAUAGCUAUCUCAGGAGAUUGCAGAGGGAAGUAAACCGACUGCAGAAGCUCGAGGCAUUGUUUGUAAAUGAGCGGGAAAAGCAUAAUGCUCCCCUGCCACAUACAGCCCCGGUCACGAGAAACCUGCCGUCUAGCACCAUUCCUUCUUCUCAGUCACCCCGUACCCAUUCGAGCAACUGUGGUGUCUCCAAGGCAAGAACAUCCAACCCCUACAUCAAAGCCUUCUCUCAGCCAGAAAGAUACUUUGUGACCAUAGCAGCAUCUCCCAAGAAGCCAAAGAGGCAGCUACAGCCGAGUAAGAUGACGGGUGUUUCCUGGGUUGUGCCUCUGUUGCGCAGUGGUGGCAGCCAGAAGGAAAACGCUUCAGCUGAAGUGGAAGAGAGGGUACACCAACUCAAGAGUUUUUCUCUGCAGGCAGCAUUUGCAGAGAAGUGUAAACACGUCAUCAGGCAUUCUCAGGACCGACUGUCUCGCAUCACUGCUCUGGCUGAACGCCGGAGUAAACGGAGAGCCAUUUUCCCUGCAGUUUCCCGAGAACCAAAGGCUACCACACUUCGCAGAAGCGAUUCACAUAAGCUUGAAGCAGGUGAAUCACAUCCUCGAGCUCUAUAUACACAGAGAGAAAUGCGGCAACAAACUGAAAAAGUCUAUAAUAAGCUGCCUGAGGUUGUACAGAUGAAGGAAAAGCUUAGCCGAGAGCAGCAGUACAGAAGGAACCGUCAAACUGUGCAGACCUACAACAAAGCUAUUCAAGAGCAUGCACUGAGGGGUUGCGUCAACUUUGCAAUAGACAGGCCUUGCAUCAACAUAUAAAGAGCUCUUGCUUUCUUCAUACAUCCAGUUUUUGCUGCCGUCCAUUGUCUGCAUUUGCAGAUUUAAAUACUCAGCUGUAUUACUGACACAGCAUGUUAUGUUCUUGCACUUUGCAAUAAAAAGUGAUGUCGUGAUA